CCUGCAUCAAUCAAACCCACCACCGCACUUGCUUUGCCAAGCAGGCCAGCCAUGUCAAAUAGAGCGCUGCGUGCCAGCACCCGCUCGGCUCGCCGCAACAACGAGAACGCCGCCCAGGCCAGCGAUCUCGGCCACGUUGAUGCGCAUCUCCCGCCCUUGCGCAAGUCGUCUCGACCCCUGUCGGCCACCAUGCCGGUGGUGCUUGAGCCCGCUGCCAAGCCAUUGAAGCCUGGGGCAGCACUGAAUGCAUCCAAGCCGUCCAAGACCUCUGGAGCCUUGAAGCUGUCCAAGCCAUCCAAGAUGUCCAAGACGUCCGAGACACCCCAACAAUCAAAAUCCCUCGGCAAUUCGCUUACGCCAGCAGGCAAAGUCACAGACGCCGCAGCAUCCCCGAUCUCCAAAUCGCAGCGCUCGUCCAUUUCUCGUCCACUUCGGACGCUGAUCGACAAGAGUUCAAACACCCGCGCCGAUCCCAAGACCGGCCCACCGAUCCUGGCCACUGCGAGCCCAAAAUCGAGCGUGGCCAGCCGCACCAUCCCUCUCUCGACCUCAACUCCCCAGCAUGGACGGCUGUCGGCCGUGUUUGUCCAGAGCCCCAAUCUCUCGCCGCUUGGGGGCGGCAAGCAACGGCCCUCGGUCUCGCAUGAUCCCGAUGGCAUAUUCGAGUUUGGCUUUGAUGACGACGACGAAAUCGGUCUUCCAGCGCGGCCCGCAAGCGCCCGUCAAAGUCCUGGUGGCCGAAGAAGCAUCGCCAGUCGACAACUGGGUUCAGAGAGCCCCGCUCCAUCAACCGAAAGCGACCGCAUCACAAACAGUGCUCGGUCGCCCAAGCAACGCUCGCCAAGACACGCUGCCAAAUCGUCACUGCCGCUGCUGGCCAUCGACUUGGCCUCCGAUCGGGUGCGACCCAGACGGCCGCCAUCUUCGUGGCGAAAACUGGUGGACGACUCCCGGUCCGAGCCCGAGGAGAUCGGCAUCAAUACCAAGCCCGAUCCGAUGAAAGAUCAGGCGGAGGAGGAUUGUGCCGCGCCAUCAAGCCCAACAGAAAGCCGCUCACGACGACGAACAGUGCGGUUCCGAAAGCGAUCGCCAGACCAUGACGAACCAAAACCAGCGACAUUGACACCGAACAACCCAAGGAGCUCGCGGCCGAUGAGAUCGGCCCUGAAAGCCCCCAGUAGCACUCAAGCACGAGCAACCGCAAACGAACCCGCAAACGAACCCGCAUCACCAGCCCAGCAAGCUGUCACUCUGGAUUCUCCGACAAAGGGCGGCAGCGCCGAUCUCAUUCCGGUUGAGACCACCGGUGCUUUGCCCGUCGAUGGCAGUGUUGCUGGUUGUGCAGAGCGUCCCGUCGACGAUCCACAGCUCUGUCCGUCACCGGCAGCACCGGCCCUGUCUUCGCCAUCGGCGUCCCAAGUAUCGCCGGGAUCGAGCCAUUUGUCGUCGCCGCUGCUUCCUGUCGGAAAGAUUUCAGAGAGCAUGGAUCUCGAGCCUCUGUCUUUGCCGACUCCCCGCAAGCCCGCUGAGCCGAGCGGGGCCCACAAACCAGCGAUUCGCAACAACAAGCGAAAGCAGCCCCAACAACCGCGGCGGCGGAGGCGACGGGCUUCGCUCCAGGAUACCGACUCGAUAGCCGCAGAUUCCGACGGUGACGAUGAUGCCGAUGAUGCCGAUGAUGCCGAUGGGAUCGACGAUGAAGAUCGGCCCAGGCGAGCCAGAAAGAGGCCAAAGACCUACGGCCGACGCAACGAGGGCGAGCCAUCGGCCGACGCGAGCCUGGAUGAUCGGAUCCGGAAGGAAAGAGAGGAAAGGAUCCAGCACUUUGCCGAAGUGGACGAGUUUGUGAUCGAGGGCUGGUAGUUGCUGGCGUUGGCGGAUGCCAUGGGGGGCAGCCCAUCGGCGUUGUUGGUGCUGGGAUGUGGGUCGUGGUUGGCUGGUCCUGAACGAUUGGGGUCUUGUUUCGACACCGAUCUCCGAGAUGCACACCAGCAGCAACUCUGCCACCGGUGGAUGUCGUGGCGGCCUGGUUAAUGCGAUAAAGUUAUUUGCAUUCUGCUCCAAAGAGCAACGGCCGCACCCCACA